AUGAUCUUCACUUCGUCUGAAAAGAACGUGCUUUUUUGGUUGACUGGUUUUUUUAUUCUUUUACGAGUCACAGAGUGUGACAAAAUACGGCUGGUGGGACCCUCCAGGUGCUCCGGGAGGGUCGAGGUUUUCCAUGACGACAGCUGGGGCACCAUUUGUGACGACCAGUGGAGCAUGUCCAACGCUGAGGUGGCGUGCAGAGAGCUGAGCUGUGGGUCGCCACUGGAGGUCAAGAACGAGGCCUUCUUUGGGCAUGGGAAGGACCAGAUCUGGCUGGACGAUGUCAAAUGCUCUGGACAAGAGCUUUCUAUCUUCAAGUGUGAACAUAAAGCUUUUGGAGAGCACAACUGUGGCCACGGAGAGGACGCAGGAAUCAUUUGCUCCGAUUUUUUGCGAUUGGUGAAUGGCAGUGGUCAUUGUAGUGGAAGAGUGGAAAUCUUCCAUAACGGCCAAUGGAAAAGAGUUUGCUCCUCGGACUGGGGAGAGAAACAAGCCAGUCUGGUGUGUCAGGAGCUGCACUGUGGUCCUCCAGAUCCUCUUCAAACUGGCACGUUCGCCUUUGGGGCAGCGCCAAGAACUGGUGGAGUCAAAACCAGCUGUUUGAGAAAUGAGACCUCUCUCUCCAUGUGCAGUCAUCAAAACCUGCAGGAGAGCUGUGUGGAUGCUACUGUGGUUUGCUCAAAUAAUAAACCUAUCCGGGUGGUAAAUGGAACGAGCCGGUGCUCAGGUCGGGUGGAGAUCUACCAUUCUGGGCAGUGGGGCACCAUCUGUGACGACCACUGGGGCAUACAGGAGGCCAACGUCGCCUGUCGGGAGUUGAACUGUGGGAAUGCAAUCGCGGUCAAAUACAAGGGCUUUUAUGGCAUGGGCACAGGUAGAGUUUGGUUGGAUGAUAUGGACUGCACAGGGAUGGAGAGUCUGCUGUCUGAGUGUCCACAUCGAGGCUUCGGGGAGAACGACUGUGACCACAAUGAAGACGCAGGGAUAGUCUGCUCAGAGUCUGUCAGACUGAUCAAUGGCACAGACCGGUGUUCUGGUCGAUUGGAGGUUUUACACAACGGCCAAUGGAGCAAGAUCUGCAAUGAUAACUGGAGCUUGUCUCAAGCAAAGGUGGUGUGCAGGGAGCUUGACUGUGGAGCCCCCAAAGAGCUUCAUGGAGCUCUGCAUUUUGGUGACAGCGCGGCACAGCAAGGUUACACGGCAAGCUGCUCUGGAAGUGUGGAUUCAAUCUCUCAGUGCAGAAUACAGGCGAGCACGAGGUCAUGUGACGGGGCUUUUGUCUCAUGUGGAGAUGGGCAGCCUCUCAGACUGGCCAACGGCACUGACCGGUGUUCUGGCAGAGUAGAGAUGUAUCAUGACGGAGAGUGGGGAACCGUGUGUGAUGACGAGUGGGACAUCCGUGAGGCAGAAGUGGUGUGCCGCGCCAUGGACUGUGGCACGGCUCAGAUGGCCAUGAGCAGCGCUUUCUUUGGGGAAGGCGACGGAACCAUCUGGCUCGAUGAUCUCGACUGUGCGGGGAACGAGUCUUCGCUUGUGCACUGUCAGCACCCUUUGUUUGCAGAGAAUAACUGUGGCCACGCGGAAGAUGCCGGCGUUAUCUGCUCAGUAAACCUCAGACUGACCAAUGGGGUAGACCUGUGCUCUGGGCAAGUGGAGGUCUAUCACAACGAAAUGUGGGCUCCUGCUGUGGAUGUGAACUGGGGCAUGAAUGAGGCGUCGGUGGUCUGCAGAGAAAUGAACUGUGGGGAUGCUCUGCCUGUGCUUGGGUCGCACUCUCAUAAGGAGCUGCUGGGAGGAGUUAAAGUCAGCUGCAGCGGCAGAGAGAGCCGUAUCACUCAGUGCACACUCCGGGAGUACACCAGGACUGGCAGUGGCCAUCUGGAACAGGCCUCUAUAGUUUGUACAGGUAAUGUCAAGUUGGUGGGUGGUCCCAAUCGCUGUGCUGGCCGCGUGGAGGUGUACAAACAAGGCCAGUGGGGGGACGUGUGUGGGGAGUUGUGGGACGUAAACGACGCUGGGGUGGUUUGUCGGCAGCUGAAGUGUGGAGCAGAACACAGCAUCACCUCUGCUCUGGACUACGGUCACGGCUCCGGACACGUCUGGGUGGACCAGAUCGAGUGCAGCGGGCGCGAAACCUCCGUGUCACAGUGUCCACAACGACCGUUUGUAACAAGAGCCUGCAACGUCACCUCACUGGCCGGAGUCGUUUGUUCAGACGCUUUGAAUGUCCGAUUGGCAGCAGGCACCGACUCCUGCUCUGGGCGGGUGGAGGUGCUGUCUGGUGCAGCCUGGGCCACCGUUUGUGAUGCCGACUGGACGUUGGAGAAAGCAGAGGUGGUGUGUGAGACCAUCGAGUGUGGACAUGCCGUGAACGCUCCCGGUGCUGCCCACUUCAGCCCAGGAACAGGGUCUGUAGUCGACACCAGCGAUACAUGCUUUACCAACGGGACAACUCUGCAGAAGUGCGUCCAAACCGGCUUCACAACGUCUGCGUGCGGACACGAGAGGGACGCUGGCAUUGUUUGUGCAAAUUCGAUUCGAGUGGUGGGCGGCACCAACUCCUGCUCUGGUCGAGUGGAGAUCUAUCACAAAGGACAGUGGGGAACCGUGUGUGAUGAUGACUGGUCACUGGAUAACGCUAAAGUGGUGUGCAGACAGAUAGGCUGCGGUCAGGAACUGGCCGCUCCCAUAGGUGCCCACUUCGGGAGAGGGGAGGGUCCCAUAUGGCUGGACAAUGUGGAGUGCACUGGAGAUGAGCUGGCCCUGUCGCAGUGUCCUCGUCCCAAUUAUGGAGUCAACAACUGUGGCCACAGUGAAGACGCCAGUGUCAUAUGUUUAGGAGACCUUAAUAAGCCCCAGUUGAGCGUGAGUCCUGGUCCGGAGGUGAGCUGGGGUGAACGAGUGGAGAUCACCUGCACAAUAGUCACUGAACAACUGGGCGGGACAUUUGUGCUGAGCAACAGUCAAGGAACACUGAAAAGUGAAAAGUUUUCCGAAAGUGAAGCAGCAACUUUUGUUUUCCCCAAAGUAAACUUCACUCAAAAGGGCUCGUACUUUUGUGAAUUCAAGAAAAAAGUGCUCAGUCAAGUCAUCAGUUUCCCUCAAUCCAAUAUUGUUGAUUUGACUGUGAAAGUGAACUUGGAAAAACCCAGCAUCACCUUGACAUCACCGCAUGCCAUGUUGAUCUACAGCCCUGACAAGCUAACCGUCAAAAGAGGGGAUAGCUUUUUCAUCACUUGCUCUGUGCAUUCUACAUACGCGGGUGGCUUCUUCUACCUCACCAAGUCUGACACCAACAGAAGUGAACCAAAAACGGCGACCGGCCACUCUAUAUUUUACUUGGCCAACUUUGAGUUUCCGUCAAUAGACUACGAACAUCAAGGACUGUAUAGCUGCAUCUAUGCCAUGAAUAUCUCGUCGCAAUGCUUCUAUUCGGAUGCAUCCAAAACUAUUCAAGUCACUGUGGUUGCUGGGUCCUCGUCCUCCACUGUGACUGGUGUUGUUGUCGGCAUAGUGGUGUUGGUGAUUGUACUGGUUAUUGGUUACUUGCUCUGGAGGAGGAGAAGAUGGGGUGCAGGUUCCACUGUGACCUUUAGUAACCGAAUGGAUGGAACAAUUCAACAAGAUAUGGACGAAAGAAGAUUUAAACCUUUAGAAAACAGAGGUGCCCAGACUCGUCGUGACUUUACUCGUGCUUCAGAGGAAAAGAAAGAGGAUUCUGAAAACAGCGUGGAGAGGGUCCCUGAAGAUCUGGCAGGUCGAGUCUGUUACGAGCUAGAACCACUUGUCGAGUGUUGA